UAGACUCCGGAUCAUACACGUUUUCUUAUAAACUACGACCAUGUCUCUCUUAGCGUCCUUCUUUGGUUGCUUCGUUCCAAAAUCUGGCUCAAAGAUAAGCUCAAGCGAUGGUAGUAGUAAUUCCAAAACCUUGUCCUUGGAGAAACCAAAAAGCAAAUCCAAAUCUCCGAGAGCUCCAAUGAUAGUGUCUUAUUUUCCCGUAGGUUCGAAUCUUUCGCGUCUGUGAGAGAAGGCCAGAAGGUGACAUAUCUGUUGUGAAGGCUUUCGUUUUUGUUUUGUUCCUCUAGUCCUCUUUUUUUGUUUGAUUAUGUAUAAAUUGUAAUAGACCAUUUAAAUAUUUAAUAAAUGGCGAGAAUACCAUUUCCUAUUGUGAAGAUGGUUUCGUCGCUGCGUUUGGUC